AUGCCUCAAUCCAGCCUCCUAUCUUAUUUCACCAAACCGAUGACAGCAGUGGCGCCCAUACAGACGGACUCGGGGCGAAACGGUCGAGUUAAGAAUCAUCAAACUCAGACCGAGCACGUCGCAGCUGCCGGCUCUUCAUUGAGCCGUGGACAUGGCGUUGUUGAUGUACCGCAGAACGAGCGCGGCCAGAGCUCGAUCCUUCAGGCGGAACGCACAUCAAGGAACUCGCAACAAAAGGUCCAAGCCCCGACUCCAGUGACAUGCGAAGGGAAACUCGAGGACUUAUCUCCAACAACGGCAGCUGCUUUGAAACCCCAACAACACUCGUUGGAAAUUAUACAAGUUCCUCACGUCCCAGGAGCUGCGGUUUCUCCCGUCUCGGAAGUCCACCUGCAGGCGAUACGACGUCUCACGGCUACGACUCUGCCCGUUCGGUACAGCGAUGCAUUCUUCAGCACAACGGUGACCGACCCAGUUGUGCAGCAGUUAUCUCGCGUUGCUCUGUACGAGUUAGAGCCCAUUGGUUGGAUCCGAUGUCGCCUAGAGCCAUGUUCUGGGAAUGGUGCCUUCUCUAUAAAGACGAAUGCGCCGUUAUCGCAGAUCUACAUUCAAGCAUUGGCCCUCCUUUCGCCUUACCGAAACCUAGGCAUGGCAACAUUACUUCUGAACGAGGUACUGUGUUCGGCAAAGUCGCUGGUGGAGGAUCCGGUCUGUAUUUACGCCCAUGUCUGGGAGAAGAACGAAGAUGCGCUGGACUGGUAUGCCAAGCGCGGGUUUAAACGCGUCAUGCUCGUUGAGCGCUACUACACGAGAUUGAGACCAAGUGGUGCGUGGAUUGUCAGAAGGGAGCUUGGCGAUACAUGA